UAAUAAUUAUGAGAGUAGAUUUCUUGUACCAUAAUUUGACAAGAUUUCAAUGUUUCAUUACAGGGUACACACGGCAAGCUUUUGGUGUCAUCAUGGAAUCAGGGGUCUAGACUGGUCAAGACUGGCGUCUUUCUUCCGAAAUUGCACAGUACGCAGUGUAACCCCAAUCAAAUCUGAGAAAGAGUCUUCAUGUCAAAAGAAUGUAUGUAACUGUCGUCUUGAGGAUCCUGACCAGUCUCCAGGGGCCCAGAAAUCUUUUUUCUGUCACUCCCUAUCCCAAGGACCUCUAUUUAUCAGUGUCCAGUCCUUAAAAGUGAAAUUUAGAAUUCAGACCGGCCGAGCUUUCCUUUCGACAUUUUAUUCCGAAAAACAAAACGACCAGUUGCAGGGCCAACUAGAUAGUAGCUUCUAGUCCGAUGAUCGACUUCUAAAAAAGGCGUUAUUCGCAUUGAUGAUGAUAUUGGAUCUGGAUCUCGAUUUGGUACCGAACACAGAAUCAACCAAAUUUAAGUCAAUCGUCGAUUUGGAGGGCUUGGCAGAUGUUGGAGAAACGGGAAAUAAAAAAAAUUACACUACUAAACUUUAAUGCGCUUUUGGUAAGGACCCCAAUGUAUAACAAUAAUAUGACUAGGCGUAGCAUUGAAAAAGUUUUUAUUAAGCUUUUAUCACUUUAUUUGAGGAAACUGUAACCAUCCAUUUUAGAACUAUAGAACGAUGUUUAUUUUAAUAAAUAUUUAAUGCACGACAAAAUGCGAAUACUUUUGAUUUACCAUUACCUUUUUGAGGGGACAUGUCGGUUUUCCAUACUCUUUUGGAAACAUAUUCAAAUUACGUUUAUUUCAAAGUACUAAGCCGUAUAAUUGCGUAAUUUCCUAAAGUUUUGCCAGAGACGCUAAGAGCAAGCAUUAGCAAGUUCGAUUCAGUGACCUUUUUUUUGUUUUCCGGGUAUGAAUCGAGUGACAGGAUGCCCUCCCUGACACCCGCAGUCCGGACCGUACGGUGUCUGUAGGGCAUAGUGAUUCCACAACCUAGC